AUGGCGGCACUCCCCACCGACCCCAUCAGCCUGAUGGACCCCUACGCCACCGCCCCAGCCUCCCCACGCCGCGACUGGGUCUUGCUCCACCCGUCGGCGCGUAUCUCCGAGCUCCACAACGCAACCACCGUCGUGUCCAGGACGAGGGACGACCAGCCCGUCGUGGCGUCCUUCUGGCUCGUCGACCCGCCGGGCGUCUCCUACUUCUCCGUCCACUGCCCCGGCCUCAAAGUUUCAGACCCGGACGACUUCGCCCACGACGAUCCCGAGCCCGGCUUCAUCGGCGCCCACGUCGUCUGUGCGGAGGCAGCGUUCCUUCUCUUCGACGUGACCUUCAACGCCCCUGACGGCCCCUUCCCGGAGUCCACCCACCACUUCGUCUACAGAGCCGGCCCCGGGGAGCCAGCACUGCACCUGCUCCCGGAACCCGAUAUUCCAGCAUACGAAGCCCGGCCGCAAUUCGGCCUCUUGCCCUGGGGCGAGCACUAUGUCGUGGCCUUCCUACGGUGGAACAGGACCAUGGGUGAUCAUAUGUUUGAUGUCCAUGUCUUCUCGUCCCAGACACAGGCAUGGAGUAAGAAGGUUGGGUUGAUGGCUAUAUCAGAGUCUAAUGAGAGAUAUUUUAGUCGGCAUGAUGCCUGCAGGCAGAUCAGGAUUGGACGCUCACUGGGCUGGGUUGAUCUCUUGCGUGGUAUUCUUCUACUUCGCAGACCGUUCGAUGAACAUCCUACGAUCGAAUACAUCCCGUUUCCUGUGUCAAGGCCGCCUUGCUCCCAACUAUCAGACGACGACGACGAGCUAGGAGGAUCUGACGCUCCUCAAUAUUUUCGUGAUGUGGCCUGCUGUGAUGAUUUGAUCAAGUUUGUCGACGUAGAAUACCAUGACCCUUCCAGUUGCAAGCCCUGCUGUGGCAGAGAUAAAAGUUGGAAAGCCACCAUAUGGAACAGGAAUCUUUCUUCGGGAGAUUGGCUCCGGGGAUUCACGGUUGAUGUUGCCGACAUCUCCCUUGACCAAAGUUAUUCUGCUUUACUGCCGGAGCUGGGGGACGACGAGACAGAAAAGUUACACCUGAAGAAACUGAUUUUCUACACCCCCACCCUCAGCAUCUGCAAUGAUGAUCUUCUUUACGUCAUGUCCAAGGUGAAUGAUGAAGACGACAAGGCCUGGGUCAUCACAGUUGACAUGAAACAUGCGGUUGUGCAAGCAAUAGCCCCGUUUUCUGCUGGCGACAUCGACCUCCUCCCAAUGUACCGUCCAUGCUCCUUCCCCAAGUACCUCAACAUGACCCCAGGCGUAGAUAUAACCAACAAAGGGUACAAGGGCUUUACAUGGAUGGAUGUGGAGAAAUGUAUUGAGGAAUUUCUGUGGACUCGAGACUGGCUUAGGGAACUUGGUCAAUGCUUGGAACAUGAAACGUCAAUUUACAUCGAUUGUAGCUCACUAGUCUGUCCAGCGUCAUCUCUACGUUUGAUCAUUCCAGUAGUGGUAGAAUACGCUUCCUCUGUUGGUGAAGGCGAAGCUAAAGCUGCCACCGAAGCUGUGGAUGUUUGCUCACGAGCUUUGGAAGAUUUCAACUGGCUACUGUGCAAGCCGCGAAGUGAUGCAUCAACCUCUACUAAAGCCAUGAAGAGAAAAAUCAAUACCACCCUUAAAGCUUUAAAGAACGUCUUGCGAAUUGUGCCACAAUCAAUGAUGGCGGGAGGAACAACAGUGGAUGGAGCAACGACCCUUGCAGAUGCCUGCCACCAAAAGAGACGGAAACCAGUAUUUGAACGUCGCGAGGGACCAGGCCAUAAAAUCGAGUACAUAGAGCCUGGCUUUUCCGGUGCCAAUCUAUUCUGUGAUUGCGGUGAGAAGGCAGGCCAUGAGAAGGACCAAUGUGACGAUGAGCAUCAAGUGGGACUCAACCGGCAACUGGAACUCGACGAGUUUCAAGUGGAACUCCGGCAACUGCAACAGAACCUCCUUGGCUCUCUGGGUCCCUGGUUGAAGCCCCAAGAGGUUUGGCUCAUUUUGGUGAUUGCUUUUAGUGCACUAUUUCUGUAUGCUUGCGAUAUGUAAAGUAGUAUCUUCAUUCGGACUUCAGUGUAGGUGAACGGUCUGCUAUGCAAAGCCAAAGAUAUUCUAGGUGCUACUUGUUGCUCUAUUGCCUGUAAAUGUUUGGUUUGGGGUUAAC